GUCUGUGAAUAAUGACGCAUUCUCUCUUGACGUUUUGAUCGAGGAAGUGUUAAUCCAACACGGUUAGGUACUGGAAGGUAGACGAGUGCUUUAAAAAUCCCUCGUUCGUGCAGAAUCUCAUAGAUGAUUCGUGCGAUGCGAUAUCAUACCCUUCCUCGCCGCGCGAGAAAAGCUAUCCAUGAACGCGUCACGUGGAACGAGAUUGCCCAAUCGGUCGCGGGGUAACAGGAUACGCAAAUUACUGUUGUCGGAGUAUCACGAAUUCUCUGAGACAAUUCUAGUGGAGUCGUCAUUCGCGGAGACUACGAGGAACGGACGAGGGGUUCGCCAGGUCUCUUUGGGUCUCACACCGACUAGGCUGAUCGUUGCUGCCGACAUUCUUCAGACUAAUCCCGGUUUCUUUUGCCCACCUUAUAUCGACGCUAGUAUCGAGAGCUUCGAACUCGUGUCUGUGUAUCCCUUAGAAUAUGUUACGCUCAGCGUGUUUAGGAGGAGACGUCGCAGGACUCUGAAGGCAAGAUUCAUUGACGGUCGAGCUAAUUAUUAUGAGCUUGGCGGUGAGCGACGCAGAGUUUCUUGGAAAAUCUGGUGCGAACAGAUACGAAGAUUACUGGCAUGCAAGACGAACGGUAGCUCGUUGUCCGAAACGACGGCGGCGAGCUCGUCAAGCAGUAGCGCCUUAUAUUUGCUGUCGUCUGAGAUAGAAAUCAGGAGUAAUCGCGACGCGAAAUGCAAAAGGUCGAUAUUCAGAGUAUGGAAUCAUUAUGGAGGUGCCGGUGACUACGUUGCUCCAACAUGGACCGAGAAGAACUUAUAUCUCGGACCGUAUUACAACGAGUUAAUGAACGGCAAUUACACGCCGGUUCCGGUGAGAUUCGCUGGAGCCAGCCUGGAGGAUCUUAAAUACGAGCUGGAAGAUCGCACACCGCGUUACAUCGCUUACGAGAAAUCCUGUCACAGUUGGCCGUGUCAGACAAAGUUUGAUGGUCAGGCAAGAUUGCAACGUGCCGGCGGACUCUGUAAUGUCCUUUUCGCAAGAAGUCGCAAUGUAUGUCAUUGCGAUUACGCCGCAAGUUGCAAAAGUUCGCCUUGCAACGUCUGUCAACUGGAUAACAGUGUCGGCAUAAAUGUUUUUGGAAAACACAGCCGAUGUCACGAACCUCAAAACAUGUUUUUCGAAGACGAUUUCGUAGAGCAUGUGGAAAAAAAAUAUGGCAAACGCCAACAACAAUAUCAGAAUGAGCCGAGAGGGUCUUUAGCAAAAAUAUCGCGUUUUGGCUGCGGGGUGCCGGAGAAAUGCAAUUCCGAAUUGAUUCUGGGUCCUUAUCGCGGUGAUUCGGACUACGAGGACGUCGUCGAUGCUCGUAAAUUGCUCGAAAACGGCGUGACAAUUUGGGAGGACAAUUGCCGAUCCUUGAAGGGUCAAAGACAUCCGCGAAGAUACGGUUUAUCUUCGGCAGCGCAUUUUUUCCACGCGCUCGGCCCGUGGUCGGUGCAACCUGGCGAGCGAGAAUCUGUGCAGACUCUCAGAUCAUCGAGUGCAGUCAACAUUCGCAGACAGCCCUCGGAUCCGGAGUUGAGACUUGCGGUUUCACGCCGCCAGUUGACGGCCAGCAUCUCUUGCACUGCCUUGACACCCGGCGGAUCCAGUAUUAUUGGUGCCGUCACUAGAGGACGAGUAAUACUCUUCUGGACGCCAGAAUAUUGGUACAGGCCUCAAGCAGCAGUGGCUGCCUAUAGAGAGUUGAGACAUCACUUAGCAUCUCUUCAGAACUUUCGACGCGGGAAAGAGAAGCAAUCGAAAGGAAAAUUCUUCUACCGACGAAAAAAUCGGAUAUCAAGCGAGAAUGGCGAAAUUGCUAUUACAGGAAAAUCCAGCAGUCUCUUGGACCGCGUGUUUUCUAUCAACGGCGCACGUAAACGCGAUGAAAAGACAAACGGGAACGUCAACGUCGACGAAGGCACGGCACAAUUGCGGAGAUUGCUAAGGAUGAAUCUUCGCAUCACCAUGUGGGACCUGGACAGCACUACCUUCGCCGCGCAACUCACGUCGAUCGAUCGCGAUCUCUUUGUUCGCAUUCCCACGACCGAGAUUGAGGCGCUGAUCUACCAGAGAUCGUCGCGCAACGCAUCGAAUUUGGGUGCGUGGAUCGCCUUCAGUCACCGGAUCACCUGCCUAACCGUUAGCGAGAUCCUCGCGAUUAAGCAGCUCAACAUGAGGACCAGGAUCAUGGCGAGAUUUAUCAAUGCCGCUGACAAGUGUCUUGCGCUCGGCAAUUUUCAGUCUUGCAGGUCCAUCCUGGCUGGUCUUCAGGCUCCGCCGAUUUACAGGCUUCGGAGAAGUUGGUCUUAUCUGAGGAUUCAUCACGCCAGCAGAUAUGCGACGAUGGAGAGACUGUCCAAGAUUUAUAAAAGCCCACGAUGUUCAAAGUAUCGAAAAGCUUGGACCGUAGCGAAACGUAAUCCACCUUGCAUGCCAUACGUUGGUCAUUUUCUGAUCAAAGUUCUGGGAUUAAAUAGCCUGAAAGAAAUUCAAGCGAAUUUUGCACCGUUCUUCACAAAGAAAAAGUUAACCGCGCGAAUUCGUGGGACUUCAGAAUCUUUGUCCAUUAAUAAUAACUUCAACGAUCAUCACUCAAGAGAUGACAAGAAUCUAAUAGAAUCCAAGCAAUCUCUAGUUAGGCGUAUUCUUGCAGCGACGCUGACUAGGAUGAAGUUCACGGCGCGCCAGAACGUCAUUGAUGAAACUAAGAGCGACGUCUGGACGUGCAGGCAGCGAUAUCUUGCACGCAGGUUUUUCAAUCGUUGGCGCGUGAUUACGUUGGAGAUGAAAAUACGCUCGCAAAACGAGAGGAAAUUGAAAAAUGCGGACUUCAGGAGGACACGCGUCAUCGACAUCGCGGUCUGGCUGACAGACUGCCAGAGAUUCGCGUUGAGCUACAAUUUCCCAUUAAACUCGUUUGCGUACGAAUAUCUUCUGAAGGCGCGUUACAGAGAGGACCGCGAGAACUUUUUCAUCAGUCUCAAGCUAGAACCGCCGAGGACAACUUGAAUCCAAGCGCAUUGGCAAAUCAGGAUUACAUCAUCGACGAUCGAUGUGCGAUCGCCAAUUCUAAUUAUCAUGCGUUCAUCUCGAGAGCGAAAGAGAAUCGUAAUUAAUUUAUUAUUUUGAGCGCAACAAAAUAGGUAAAAUAUUGAUAUACUAACAAAGUG